AGUUAGUGAGAGCGGAUUUUGACAGGAAUGGUGAAGGAGAGGAAAUAUUAUGAUCUUCUUGGCGUCCCUGUGACCGCAACUGAGGCGGAAAUAAAAAAGGCCUACCGCCAGAAAGCCCUUAAAUAUCAUCCGGACAAAAAUCCGGAUAGCGCAGAUAAGUUCAAAGAAAUUUCUCAAGCAUUUAUGGUUCUGAGCGAUCCUGAAAAAAGAGAAUUAUAUGAUGCAAGAGGCGAGCAAGGAAUUAAGGAGGGUGGCGUUGAUUCAGGUGGAAUGGCUGAUCCAAUGGAUAUUUUCCAAAUGUUCUUCGGGGGUGGUCGGUCUCGCGGACCCCGUCGAGGAAAGGACUGUGUGCACCAGUUGUCAGUGACCUUAGAAGAGCUAUACAAUGGCAGUGUUAGGAAACUUGGUGUUACGCGGAAAGUUAUAUGUGAUCAGUGCCAAGGUCGUGGUGGCAAGGCGGGCGCCGUUGUAACUUGCCGCACAUGUCGAGGAACAGGCAUUCAGACUCACGUUCGCCAGUUAAACGUCGGAUUCGUUCAGCAGAUACAGACUACCUGCAGUGCAUGCAAGGGCGAAAAAGAAAUUAUUGAUCCAAAGGAUUGUUGCAAGAAGUGUGAAGGCAGAAAAGUUGUCCGCGAAACCAAGGUGAUUGAAGUCCCAAUAGACAAAGGCAUGACUGAUGGUCAAACAAUCAAAUUUCAUGACGAAGGUGAUCGCGAACCGGGCUUGGAACCCGGCGACCUUAUUAUUACUCUUGAUGAGCAGCCACAUAGCCGUUUCAUCAGGCGUCGAAACGACUUGAUACACACUAUAGAAUUAUCACUCUCUGAAGCCUUGUGUGGCUUCCAGCGAACAAUACGAUCAUUAGAUGAUCGGACACUAGUGAUAACUUCCAGACCUGGUAAGCUCGCGUUUUUGGUCUUAUGGAUUCUUUAUUAGGUGAGGUGUAUACUAAUAAGGAUUUCCGUGCGAUUGAAGGAGAAGGAAUGCCAAGAUACAAAAACCCGUUCGAUAAAGGCCGGUUGAUUAUCAAGUUUGACAUAUCAUUUCCGAAGAAUGGCUUUCUUUCAAAAACUCAACUGGAUUCGUUGCGAAAGUUACUUCCUCCACCUACUUGUAUUGAAGAUAUUCCCGAAGAUGCAGAAUCGGUUGAGCUGCAUCCGUUCGAUCCUGAGUUUGAUCACCAGCAACAGGAGCGCCGUGGCGAGGUAUACGAAGAUGCAGAUGGUUCUGAAAGUUCCAAUCCGCGAGUUCAGUGUGCAUCCGCUUAAUGUGAUUGUGAUUAAUUUAUAUCCCUGGUUUGGAUCGCGGAUGUGCAUUUUGGUUUGUCUAUAUGAUAUACACAUCUAAUAUGGACCAUUCGAUGUGUUUACUUAACCUUAACAACAGUCAUUUUCGUUAUCACACAUCCAUAUAUUUCGAAUUAAACUUGUCUACGGAACAAUCGU